AAGUACUUCUGCUGUGGGUGUGUCUGCGCUCAACUAAAACAUUUUCCGCCAAAAAUGGCGGCACUUCAUCUCAACCGUUCAUUGCUAUCACCACCCGCCGGGAAUCGUUUCUUCAAGAAAUCACGACCGCCGGUUGCCCCGAAGUUCGUCUGCUACGCCCCUCAGCACACAAACAAGUGGAAAAGGGACUACACAAGUGUGAUGAUAGUGCCGACGGGGGUUGGGGCUGCCAUUGGAGGGUUCGCCGGUGAUGCUUUGCCUGUUGCUCGCGCCUUGUCUUCUGUCGUCGAUUGCCUCAUUACACAUCCCAAUGUGCUUAAUGCGGCAAUGUUAUACUGGCCCAUGCUCAAUGUUUUGUAUGUUGAAGGUCAUGCUCUUGACAGGUUUGCAGAAGGGUUAUGGGUGCUGCAACCCGUUCACCAGAAUAAGGUGGGGUUGGUUCUUGAUGCUGGAAUAGAGGAAGAUCUCAGAAUCCGUCAUUUGCAAGUUGCUGAUGCAACCAGGGCUUCCCUUGGAUUGCCUGUUGUAGAAUAUACUGUCACUGACACCCCUUUAGAGGUGGAAAAGUGGAUAGAUUGUAAAUCAGGGCAAUCAACAGGUGCGAUUAAACAUCCUGAUUCAUUGCUGCGGGCUGUGCAGACUUUAGUCAACCGAGCACAAGUGAAUGCCAUUGCAGUUGUUGGACGUUUCCCAGAAGAUGAUGAUGGAGAUGACCUUGAUGAUUAUCGACAAGGAAAGGGAAUAGAUGUAUUGGCUGGAGUGGAGGCUAUAAUAAGUCAUCUAGUGGUGAAGGAAUUCCAGAUCCCUUGUGCACAUGCUCCUGCAGUAUCACCCCUUCCAUUGAGCCAAUGUCUGAGCCCAAAAUCAGCAGCUGAGGAGAUAGGGUACACAUUUUUGCCCUGUGUCCUUGCUGGACUUAGUAAAGCACCACAGUACCUGAUCAAGAGCCCUGAGUCCUUGGAGAAACGUUCUAUAUGUGCUAGUGAUGUGGAUAGCGUUAUUCUUCCUAUGAAUGCUUGUGGAGGAGAUGGUGCUCUUGCUUUUGCAAGAAGCAAAAGAAAUAAGCCGCUGAUAAUCUGUGUGGAGGAAAAUGAGACAGUUUUGAAUGACACUCCUGAUGAGCUUGGGAUCAAUGCGAUGAAAGUAUCAAACUAUUGGGAAGCCUUGGGUGUUAUUGCAGCUCACAAGGCAGGAAUAGACCCUUACUCUCUCCGUAGAGACCAUAUUGAUAAAAUACGACGCACUUCUAUUAUGCCAGCUAAAAAUGGUUGUGCAGCCUCAAGAGCCAUACCCAUCAAUUAAACGUGUAGAUCGAGGAAAGAGUUUUUUUAUUGCCUAGUCUAGUUGUACGUAUUUAACAAAUACAGAAAGCUUUUCCCCCAGUAUCAAUUAAACGUGUAGAGGAAAGAGGGUUUUGAUUUGUGGUGCCAUGAUGCUGUAGCAAAGAGUAUUUAUUCCCCCUCAAAUUCACUUCGGCUGGUAACCUCCUGUGAUUGGUGUGUCGGUGUCGGUGUUAAUUUGGAAGUUGAUUUUGGACGUCAAAUGUCCACCGUCGAUCAGUCAAAAAUCGAUCCCAAAUUCUGUCGUUUAAAAUGAGCUGGAUUGGGAUUUUCCUAGACAGCCAGGGCGGGCUACUCAAUAGACAGUGGUGGUUGGAAAAUUUUCCAUGUUUCAGGAAAACUCAACUCUGAUGGAACAUAAAACAGCUAGUCAAAUGGGUUCCUCAUGUUUUGGUAUGUCAUUGUUUCUUUGACUCAUAAUAUCGACAUGAAUUUGUCUCUACCAAUCGACGUGGUGGAUCUAACGGAAUUUCAAUAAUUUCUACGUGCCUUAUUAUUCUCAAAAGACAGCUAACUCUGCACGGCUGCAGCAAAAUGUUUUCUCAGAGUCAUGGGGUUCAAGUGUUGAACCAAUCCUAUUGUGACAGCUUUGUUCUCUGUUCUCAUUCCGUUUCUAAAUGAUAGUUCUGUCCAAUUAAUUGGCUCUUUAUUC